CUUCCGUGCCGGAACCCGUCUUGAGCACCACGCAUACUCUGCGCUGCCUGCGUAGUCGAUGGAGCAGUGCACGGUAGGAGCAAGGAGCAUCGUGUGGGUGAUGGAGAAAUACCAAAUGGUGAGCAUCGCAUCGGCAUUAGAGCACAACUCCCUGAUUGGUGGGCUAAGACUCUUGCCUGCAUUGAGCUCAUGGAAGGUGCUAUUCAACACUGCAAGCAACUCAACUUCCAAUCGUCAGACGCUUGCUGUCAUCAGUUCCACACGUACCCAAUCGCCCGAUGUAUGAUCUCGGACGUCACAUACUGCGCAGCUUACCGCGACUGCACCCCUCUACAGCACACGUACGAUACGUAUGAGUCACUGAGUUACCUAGUUGCUGACCGUUGCUUCGUGCGCGCUGCGUUUUCAGGCAUCCAUCCUGAGAUGUGAGUAUAUAUAUUCAAUAGAAAGAAUCGUACGUCGAAGUAUAUCAGGGUCUUCCCAAAGAGUUCACUAUGUCGACCGCCCUUCACGCCACUAUGAACGAGUCAAUGCCGCUCUAUGAACAAGCGGAGAGGUACGGUCUUCUACCUUUCCAGCAUGAGCACCGAGUCAAACUCUUGCGUCAAAUGAACAUCCAGGACGGUGACAGAAUACUGGAGAUUGGAUGCGGCCAAGGCGAUUGCACUACCGCGCUUGCAUUGCUCUACCCCAACUCGCACGUCACCGCCAUCGACCCAGCACCAUUGGACUAUGGAGGGCCAGAAACUUUAGGUCAAGCGCAGGCGCGUAUCAAGACCUAUGAUAUCGGAAGUCGUAUCGAGUUUGUUCAGGCUACGCCAACAGCACAUCUGAAGAACGUGGAGAAGGGCGCAUACGAAGUCGCGCUCAUGUGUCAUUCGCUCUGGUACUUCUCCAACAGAGCUGAGGUGAUUUCCACAAUGGAAGCGCUAAAAGGCAAGACAAAGAAGCUUUUGAUAGCCGAAUGGGCAUUGAAGAGCCACAGCCGAGAAGGCGAUGUUCACGUUCAGGUUGCUUUCACGAGGGCGACGUGUGAAGCGCAUAUCCCGGACACCACGGAGAAUAUUCGAUCACCGCUAUCGCCAAGUCAGAUUAAGCAAUGUGUAAUAGACUCGGGGUGGGUAUUGCACCACGAUUUGACUAUUCCUUCGAAUCCUCAACUUGAAGACGCGAAGUGGGAACUCAAUAUGCUCCUCGGAGCAAAAUUCGGUGACGAGUUUGCAUUCAUGAAAAGGGUCAAGGAGCACAUUCAGGAAGAGCGGAUUCACUUGGUGCUCGAGGGUAUGCUCGAGAGCGUGAAGAGUAGUGUUGACGCAAUCGGUGGAGAAGACCAUAUCAAGUGUAUGGAUGUGUGGAUUGGUUCAUUUGCACAGUAGUAGACGUGAUGUGGCUUGUGGAUACCGAUUUGUGAGUAUGGAGGACUCCUGCGGUAUAAAGCUGUGGGAAAAGGAAGCUUGGUCAUCACGGCUUCUAUUUCUUGUAGUAUUUCCCUCAGAUAUAGAGACAUCAUAUCUCAACAACUCAAGACCUACUUUCAGCCCUCAGGAAGCUAGAUCAACGCGA